CCCAUUCUGCAGAAUCAGGAUCCAGCUUGAAGUUGAAGUUGGAGCGCCUCUUCGAAGUUUUGAGAGCUUUGAGCAGGGAAAGGAGGUACCUGUUGCGGAGCUUCCUGUUCGCCAAGGAAGACCAGCUUAGGUUGCGGCUGUCACAGAGAAAGGAGCAGGAGGCGGCUUGCUCGGGGUACAUUCUGCACGCGGCAAAGUGGAACACUCCGCAGAGUUAGCUGUUUGCCCCGCGCGCUCCUGGCAACCAUUCCUAUCACAGGGAAACGAUUUUAGCUAGUGGUAAACACAGGAAGACUUCUUCCCUUUUUGGUAAACUCUGAAAGAAGCUGCUUCUAGCAAAGUCCGGUAAUUUUUAAUAUGGACAUUGAUCAGCAGCCUUCGGCGGUUUGUCUGUCAACGCACCAGGGGCAGGUCCACCGAUGCACCUACAACUGCUCCAUCACACACGUUCUGGGGAACCUGUACCAGUGCAAGGACAGCGGAGCGACGCACGUGUGCGACUUCAAUUGCGACCAGAGGAUCGUGUAUGACAGCCACAGCAGCAUCUGCAGAGCCAGCAGGAAGAUCCUGCCGCUCAGCUCUGCAGAUGUGGUGAGGGGCGUCCGGCGGGGUCGGUGUGAGGAGGACGGGGGAACACUACGGUCAAAGAGGAGCAGGGACCUGGGGGGGUGCAUUCCGCACCUGGUUCUUGGGGGGGAGUACUGGACAGAAGACAUGUCCCCUGUCUAA